AUGGCAGACGAUGUUACGAGUAUUUUGGAGAAGAUGAAGUUGACUUCAGAGGAGGAAGAGGUCAUCGAGAUUCCAGAGGAAGGGCGCAAAGAAGGGAUGGAGAGUUGUGCACUUAGUUUGAUUGGAAAGUUUCUCACUUGUCGGUCGUUUAAUAGGAAGGCAGCCAUAACUACGUUGAAAAGAGCAUGGGGUUUGGAGGAAGGUUUGCAGAUGAUAGAAGUGGGAACAAAUCUUUUUCAACUCAAGUUUCAAACUGAGUUUGAGAUGGAUCGGGUGUUUAAGGGAGGGCCGUGGUCCUUUGAUAAUCAGGUUUUGUUGUUGACUCGUUGGAAAGCGGGGAUGAUGGCAAAUAAUGUUAGGUUUGAUUCAGUUGCUCUUUGGGUGCAAAUUUGGGGCACCCCGUUUGAUUUGGUGUCGCCUAAAAUUGUAGAAAUUGUGGGAAGUAGAUUAGGUUCAGUGGUAGAGGUUGAGAAAAAACAGAGGGUUGAGGGACAGAGUUACUUUAUGAGAGUCAAGGUUGCUAUUCCAAUAGCAAAACCAAUCCGGCGAGGGGCUUUCUUGGCUGGUUCUGAUGGCAAGAGUCACUGGGUCACGUUCAAAUAUGAGCGCCUCCCUUUGUUUUGUCACUUUUGUGGUUUGCUCGGCCAUGACUUAAGGCAUUGUGCUCUCUAUUUCGCAGCAACCAAGAACGAUGAGGAGGUUUUUUGUCAAUAUGGGGACUGGCUUAAGGCCAUGGGAAAUCGGACUAGAUCUCCUUCUCGUAGGAUAAACGACAGGGAAGAGGUUAGAGUGGAGGUGGACCGACGAAAGGAAAGGUCUUGGCAAGUCAGUCCGGCUGUAGUCACUGGAAACAGCGAAGAGGCAGUCCAUUGUCAGGUACAAGUUUCGGUGGCUGCUUCCAUGCAGACGACGGCUGAAAACCCUAAGGAAGUUGAUGAAGUGGACACCGAGAAAUCAGGACUAGCUACGGAUUCCAUGCAAGCUGAUAUCGUAUUGGAUGCAAAACGUGCUGACGUGGAGGAGCAUAAGUCUGGGGCAGUAAUUUUAAACCUGGAUAUUCAGCUAACAUACAAUAGCAUGCCUAAUUUAAAUACGUGGACUGAGAAUGAAGUUAAAAGUGCUACUAUGAAUGAGGAGUAA